AUGGGCUGGAAGGAGAAAGUAGGUAAGGACGUUGCUGGAAAACGCGUGCUGGUUAUUGGCGCUGGAGGAAUAGGAUGUGAGCUGUUGAAGAAUAUAGCGUUGACAGGAUUCAGAGACAUACAUGUGAUAGAUAUGGAUACUAUAGAUGUCAGCAAUCUCAACCGCCAAUUUCUUUUUCGUCGAGAACAUGUUGGAAGACCAAAAGCAGAAGUUGCCACAGAAGCAAUUCGUCAAAUGUGUCCCGAUGUCAACAUCACUUUUGAUCUGGACAACAUUUUCAGCUCUAAAUUCAACAUUCCGUUCUUCCAACAAUUCUUUAUGGUUAUGAAUGCUUUGGAUAAUAGAGCUGCUCGUAAUCAUGUGAACAGAAUGUGCCUAGCCGCCAAAGUUCCCUUACUCGAAAGUGGGUCUUCAGGAUAUUUGGGACAGGUCAGACCAAUCAUACGUGAUCGUACGGAGUGUUAUGAAUGCGUCCCGAAACCACCACAGGAGAAAACGUUCCCCGGUUGUACCAUCCGCAACACUCCCAGUGAACAUAUCCACUGCACAGUAUGGUCAAAACAUGCGUUCAAUCAACUGUUUGGCGAACUCGACAUUGAUGACGACAUUUCGCCUGAUCUUACUGAUAAGGGCGACCGUGGAGACGAUUCUGACACUAAAAAGGACUGCGAAAUGACCGCUAGUGAUGACCAUGCCAAUGCAAAGAAUACGGCUAACGGUACAGCUCCGGAUGACAACAGCAACGGGCAAUCUAGCGAGAAUUCGGAACGGGAAAAACCAAUCAGUACACGAGCUUGGGCAGAAAGUGUUAACUAUGAUCCAGAGGAGAUAUUCGAUAAGCUUUUCAACGACGACAUUGUUUAUCUUCUUCGCAUGGAACAUUUAUGGCGCGAAAGACGUGCACCUGUUCCUAUUAAGAAAGCAAAUGCUGUGGCGGAAAGUAUGUCUUCGUCAUCGGCAUCUGCGUCAUCUGUCAAUGAUGUCAAUAAGGUGUGGUCGGUCGCUGAAUGCGCAGACGUGUUCUGCGACAGUGUAGCAGCUCUGAGCAAACGUAAGAACGGGCUAACAAGAGACUCAGUACUGCAUUGGGAUAAAGAUGACGAAGAUGCAAUGCGUUUUGUGGCUUCUUGUGCAAAUAUUCGUGCAAGUAUUUUCGGAAUUCCACGUAAAUCAUUGUUUGAGAUCAAAUCGAUGGCCGGAAAUAUCAUUCCUGCUAUUGCGACCACAAAUGCAAUAGUAGCCGGCAUGGUUGUUAUCGAAGCAAUGAAGAUAAUUUUUGAAAAACUUGACAAGCUGAAAGUAGUGUUCAUUAAUCGCGCUCCGAAUCCUAGGGGAAAGAUUUUGGUCGACCAGGUCCCUUUUCCACCUAAUCCUCACUGCUUUGUAUGUUCCGAUAAACGGGAAUGCUUUGUCAAAUUGAAUCCGGAAGAGAUGACUGUGAAAGCUCUGCAAGACAAGGUACUGAAAGGUGCGCUCAACAUGGUUGCUCCUGAUGUCAUGGAGGCAACUACCUCACGUAUUGUUAUUAGUAGCGAAGAAGGGGAGACUACUCAUCUCGAGGCGAAGACACUGUCAGAACUAUCCAUAGGGAACGGUUGCAUGUUGAUGUGUGAUGAUUUCCAGCAAAAACUAGAGCUUAAGUUAAUUCUAAGCGAGUGCAAAUCUAUGAAAGGAGAUGAAUUUGAAGUACUACAAGACAGUGCAGAAGCGAAAGAAACUAAAGAGGAAGAAAAUGUCCGAUGGCGAGGUUGCUGCGAAGCGUGUAAAGCUAUAAAAUAUACCCGUCGUAAUGAUUUCGUUCCCUCGUCACGGCAUUAUUUCCACUAUCUCAGCAAUGGAGAAGGGUUUUGUGGCUGGUGGAUUCAUCUCAAAUUUAGUUGA